AUGAUCCCCCAAGACCAGCCCAUCUCCUCCAAGCCUCACAAGUACUUUGGCGACUACAAGUACGCGGUGAAGUACCAUCAAAGCUUUUAUAAAAACGUCAAGGGUCAUCAGACCCCAAACCCCCGGAACCAUAGAAGCACUGCCAGCCCGAAUAAUAAUAGUCACAAUAAUGCUGGGGGUCAUCAAGUAUUCUAUCCUCCUCCGCCAAUGUCUAAUCCAUUAGUACAAACCUCUGGCUAUUCUCAUGAUAUACCCCAGACCCAGCAGUUCCCCCAACAUUUCAAUUCUAUAAUGAUUCCUGGAUCCACUGGGGGUCAACGUGUAUUGAAAACACGCAAUUCUUCCAAGAAGAAGUCUCUAGCAUUGAAAACGUCUAAUUCUUCCUCAGAUAUGGUAUCAUUAUUGGCGACAGCCGUGUUGAAUGAUCCUGAUGAUGGAUUAUCAGUGAUGCAAAAUUAUGAACCACAAAAGUUUCACUCAAGGCCCACUACUGCCCCGCCAAUGAUAGAGCAAUAUUUGGAUUUAGAUCAUCAAUAUUAUAUACCAAGUGAAAAGAAACCAAAGAAAAAGAAAAAGGAACUAUUAGGUGCCAAGAAAGAAUCACUAAAGAAGCAAAAACAGGUUGUUUCAAAAGCAUUGGAUCCUCAAGAUAUAAAACAGUUACUAGCUAUUGGUGGCGGAGUGUUUGGGGUCAUAUUGUUGAUUUUUCUAGGGAUUAUCUUUUAUCAAAGAAAUACGAUUUUCUUAGCAGAACACUCCAAGGCCAAGUAUAUCAAGCAUCCUAAAAUCGCAGCAUUCCAUCCAUUAGCCCUAGAUAAGGACAUUUGGGAUGAUUUACGGUUGAAUUACAAUGCAGAAGUGAUACAAAUUCCUACCAACAAAAUGAAGACAAGAGAAGAUUUCAUUUACAAGUUAUCACAAUAUACCGACUACAACAUUCUUGUGACCAGUAAGCUUACUGAUGGAUUAAUUGGAACAUUUGAUGAGGAAAUCAUUGGAAUGUUACCAGAGACUACAGUGGCAGUGAUUAAUUCUGAUUUACGGUAUAAUUCAAGUAUCAUAAACCAACUAACGCAAAGAAAUAUUCAGUUUUCUUACAAUAUCAAUAGUGAGUUAAAAGAUAAUUCUACCGCCGAUACCCAUAUGUUUCUAAUGCUCAGUGCCAUGAGAAAUUAUCAAGAAAGUAUCCAGAAUUUGCUCAGGUCGUACGAAGAAAACAUGGAGUACGAAAGUCGCUGGACUUCCAAACCUUGGCUUUUCGAUUUCCCACCAGAACCAUUGGAGAGCAUAUACACCCUGGCCGGUAAAGCAGAGUUUGGGUUUUUGCCCAAUGGCAAAGUUUUGGGGAUUCUUGGGAUGAAUGGGGUUGGCAAAGCCAUUGCCAGUCGAGCAAGACCCUUUAAUUUCAAGAGAAUGAUAUAUCAUGAUGAGUACCAACUUCCUACAGUAAUUGAACAGUCUUUAGGAUUGGAGUACGUUACUUUAGAAGAGCUCCUUAAGAUAUCAGAUAUCUUCUCCAUAAACAUUAGAGAGGAUUUUCCUACUAGUGACGACCAUGUUGACACUUCCGCUGUGAAGACUUUAUCGGAUGUGGCUAGAAAACAAAACGGGGAUGAAAUACCUGGCAGUAAAUCGAAAUACUAUCGGAUGAUCAACAAUGGAAUGAUUUCUAGCAUGAAAGAUGGUGUAAUUUUGGUGAACACAGCACUGGAAAAACUCAUCAACUUUAAAUCUAUCAAAAAAUAUCUUGGUAAUGGGAAAAUCAGGUCAAUGGCCACGGAUUCAAUUGAUUUUAAUGAUCGAAAAUUGGUGAUGAAACUAUUGAAGAUGCCCAAUUUGAUCUUGACCCCUCAAACCAACUUGUACUCACAACAAGUGAUCAAUGGUGAUGAUGAGUGGGCCGUCAAGAAUAUUAAAAAUAUCUUGGAAUUCGGAAGAGUAUUGAAUAUUGUACCCGAGCAGAGACAUAUGGAGUUUAAAUUUGAUUAUUUUGUCAUGUAA